AUGACUGAACAAAUUAAAAUCAAUUUAUCCCCCUUCAACAACAGCCCUGCAGCGAAUGAGUUCCGAAGCGACACUUUUACUACUCCCACUGCAUCAAUGGUCGCUGCAAUCGCCAAUACCUCAUUAGGUGACGCGGUAUACAAUGAGGACGAGACAACGACGAAAUUAGAGCAGAAAGUAGCCAGCCUUGCUGGCAAAGAACGUGGGUUAUUCUGCGUAUCCGGAACAUUGCUGAACCAAAUUGCGAUUAGAACCAAUUUAGUACAACCUCCGUAUGCUGUUCUUUGUGAUUAUCGGUCUCACAUAUUUGUCCAUGAAGCAGGUGGAAUUCCAACCCUCUCACAAGCGAUGAUUCAUCCAAUUCAUCCAAAAAACAAUGUUUACCUCACUUUGGAAGAAGAUAUUCUUCCCAACUUCGUACCAGAUGACGGCGAGAUUCAUUCUGCCCCCACGAAGGUUAUAAGCUUGGAGAAUACUUUGCAUGGAAUGAUCUUCCCUGUAGAAGAAAUAGAGAAGAUUUCAAAAUUUUGCAAGAAAAAUGGUGUUCGGUUGCAUCUUGAUGGUGCCAGGCUUUGGAAUGCUUCUGCUGCGACAGGAAUUUCUAUUGCCAAAUAUUGCUCGUACUUUGAUUCUGUUUCUCUUUGUUUGUCUAAAACUUUAGGUGCUCCGGUUGGCUCUGUCUUAGUGUCCGACAAAAAGUUCAUCCAAAAGGCGAACCACUUUCGGAAACAGAACGGAGGAGGAAUAAGACAAAGUGGCUUACUUGCUCUGAUGGCACUUGUUGCUAUAGAGGAAAACUUUCCCAAAUUGCCUGACACACAUAGAAUUGCAAAGGAUAUUGGUCAGUUUUGCGAACAGCAGGGAAUUGUAUUAGAACAUCCUGUUCAUACAAAUUUCGUCUUCAUUGAUUUGGCAGCAAACAAGAUAAAUGAUGAAUAUUUUACGAAGGCUUGCGAAAGACACGGGGUGAAGGCCUACGGAAGUCGUAUAGCAAUUCAUUACCAAAUCACAGAAGAUGCCGUAUCAAAAUUGAAAUUGGCUCUCCAGGAGACAUUUGAUGAGGCAAAACGCAAUCCAUAUAACCAAACCGAACUGCUCAAGUUUUAUGCAGCAACUGAAUAA